CCAGGAUCCUGGCCGGCUGAGCCCCCCACGGUCGGUCCGCGGCGUGGACGGAGCCAGCCCGGCCUCGCUCCCUCCCGCGUCAGGGCUACGAAACGGCUGCACGGAGCAGCGCGGGAUGGCCGCCGGGCCCCGGACAGCUUCGUGCUGGGUGAGUGGGAGCGUCCCUUUCAAAGCGGACUCGGCGCUUGGGGUGGCACCGAGGGACGGCGACAUCCAGGGCCUGGACUCGCGUGUUCCUGCCCCCUCCCCGUCUCUGGAUCUCCAGAAAGCUUCCAGUCUUCCGGCAUGUGUCCAGGGCCCUCUCCUUCGGCACUUAUGAUUUAUUGCCGCUGCGGACUCUGAGCUCCGAGAGAAAUGAGGGCCCUUGUUAGGGAACUGACGCUCUCUCAUCUCGGAUUUUUCGCACACGAGUACUGACUUGUCUUCAUAUCCAGACCUUUAGAACCUCGUUAGGGAAAGUAACCUCCUCUUUCUUCAUUCGUUUGUCGAAAGCUCAUUUGCUGAGUGUCUUUGUGUGCUGGACGGUGGAACUGGUGCUGGCAGUGCAAAGAUAAAUAUGCUUCUUGUUUUAGAGGACCUGUGGCCUGGCGGUGAAUGGAUAGGGAGAGGAGGCUGGGAGAGGAGGUCGAGGGUGCAAAGCAGGAAGGAGCAGUUUUGGAGGAAAGGAGGGCCAGUGGACCACGUGGACUCUGCACCUGAUUAAUAGAGUGAGCGAGAGGGGAGACCUUACAGCGAUUGCUGACCUGCACGUGGUGGUGAUAUUUCCGGUCUUGGGAACACUAUGAGAAGAGGAACCAGGAAAGAGUGCGGCUUUGGAUUACUGUCGUUCAAGGAUAUAUCUAUGGAGUUCACCUGGGAAGAAUGGCAGUUGCUGGAUCCUACAGAGAAGCACCUGUACAGGGAUGUGAUACUGGAAAACUACCGCAACCUGCUGUCCGUGGGGUAUCAUGGUACAAAGCCUGAUUUAAUCUUCAAGUUGGAGCAAGGAGAAGAGCCGUGGAUAGUGAAUGCCAGAGCUUCCCGUCAGAGCUGUCCAGUGGAAGGUUGGAAAGAAUGGUACCAGAAAAAUCAGGAUGAGCUUGAACGUGUUGAGAGAAGUCAUGCUUGUAAUGCAUUUGGGAAACUUCAUCUGAGCAAAACCCAUGUUUCUUCAAGACCAAGACUCCAUAAGUAUAACACACAUGGAAGAAGUUUCACACAGAACUCAGGUUCAAUCAGAAGCUAUCUAAGAAAGAAUCCUAAUGAGUUUCAUGGAUAUGAAGCAUCAUAUUUUCUUAAGCAUCAAAGAGCUCAUAGUAUAGAAAAAAACUGUGUAUGUAGUGAAUGUGGGAAAGCUUUUCGUUGUAAAUCACAGCUCAUCGUGCAUCUCAGAAUUCAUACAGGAGAGAGACCUUAUGAAUGUACUAAAUGUGAAAGAGCCUUCAGUGCCAAGUCAAACCUUAAUGCUCAUCAGAGAGUUCAUACAGGAGAAAAGCCCUACUCAUGUAGCGAAUGUGGGAAAGUCUUCUCUUUCAGGUCACAGCUCAUUGUCCAUCAGGAAGUUCACACGGGAGGGAAACCUUAUGGUUGCAGUGAAUGUGGGAAAGCCUACAGCUGGAAAUCACAGCUUAUUUUACACCAGAGAAGUCAUACAGGAGUGAAACCCUACGAAUGUAGCGAAUGUGGGAAAGCCUUUAGUUUGAAGUCACCAUUCGUCGUACACCAGAGAACUCAUACAGGAGUAAAACCCCAUAAAUGCAGUGAAUGUGGGAAAGCCUUUAGGAGUAAGUCGUACCUCCUUGUUCAUAUCAGAAUGCACACAGGAGAGAAACCCUAUCAGUGCAGUGAUUGUGGGAAAGCCUUCAAUAUGAAGACACAACUUGUUGUACAUCAGGGAAUUCACACAGGAAAUAAUCCUUACCAAUGCAGUGAAUGUGGGAAAGCCUUUGGUAGGAAGGAACAGCUCACUGCGCAUCUGAGAGCUCACGCGGGAGAGAAGCCCUAUGGGUGCAGUGAAUGUGGCAAGGCCUUCAGCAGCAAGUCCUACCUCGUGAUACACAGGAGAACGCACACAGGAGAGAGACCCUACGAAUGUAGCUUCUGUGAGAGAGCCUUUUGUGGGAAGUCACAGCUAAUUAUACAUCAGAGAACCCACUCGACAGAGAAGCCCUAUGAGUGCAGUGAGUGCGAGAAAGCAUAUCCCAGGAAGGCGUCGCUUCAGAUACACCAGAAGACUCAUUCCGGAGAGAAACCUUUCAAAUGCAGCGAGUGCGGGAAAGCCUUCACCCAGAAGUCAUCUCUCAGUGAACACCAGAGAGUUCACACGGGAGAGAAGCCGUGGAAGUGCUCUGAGUGUGGGAAAUCCUUCUGUUGGAAUUCAGGGCUUCGUAUACAUCGAAAAACUCACCACGUGGCUGUGCCACUCCUCCCAUUGCGAGUCUUGUUGGCCGCAGACUCGCCUGUAGCGGAAGACAAUGAUGGAAGUGCUGCCUCGUGGCUUCCCACACCGCGAAAGGCAACCAGCGUUCCUAGGACACCGGGAGGCCGACAUGCCGCGGAGCCUCCUGGGAAAUGUAGUUCGGCGGCGCCCUCCUCUCGCGCAAGCGCACUCACACAGCCACCGACGCUUUCGGGUUACGCCCUGCUCUUUGUCCCUCGCCGCCACGCGAGAGGCGAGUGUGCGCGUGCCCGUGUGUGCGCGCGGACCCCCGCCCCGCUCCGGCGGCGGUGGGGGCACGUGGUUCCCGGUGCGGCGCGUACCACGGCGGAGGCCUGGGGUCUGUGUGGGCGCCUUUGCGGGCUGGGGGUUCCUGGCGGCCGGCGGCUGGGGGCGUGUGGGUCCCCGGGGCACGCGGGGUCGUGCGGGGCUGUGGGCGUCAGCGGCCGGGGCGGGGGUCUGGGCGGCGCGGCGCUCACCGCGGGUGCUCCCUUGCAGGUCGGAGCGCAGGCGCUGCCCCGCCCGGCGCCGCUGGAUGUCGUCGGCCGGGAGCCCCGCGCGGGCCCGGGCGCCACCGCUGCGCGGAAGGAGCCGCCGCGAGCGGCCGCGGGGCCCCAGGCGGAGCGGCGGGGAGGCUGCGGCGGGCGCGGGGCCCGCGGCGCCCGGCUCGGCUGUUGCCCGCGGCGGCUCCCAGCGGCUUCUCGGCUAAACCCGGCCCCAGAAGCUCCGGACGGGACGGGCGGCCGGGCCCGCGCCGGUGAGCCGCCCCCGCCGCCCCGCACAGCUGGCUCGCGGUGCCUGGGCCUCACGGUUUAUCUGAAAAUGAGGCAGCGGCAAGGAGUGGAAAGGAGCUCCUGGAACCAGGACUUCGCUCUCAGUGUGAGAGACCCAGCCAGGACCUCAGACCAGAAGCACAUCAGGAGAGGACCCGUCUCGGACUUGCGAGUUGUCUCGUGUAGGCAGCAGAACGUGACCAUGUUGCAGGAGUCAUUCUCAUUUGAAGAUUUGUCCGUGGACUUCACCCAGAAGGAGUGGCAGCUGCUGGGCCCCCACCAGAAGGACUUAUACAGGGACGUCAUGUUGGAGAACUACAGCAGCCUCGUGUCACUGGGGUAUGAAGUUACGAAACCUGACGUCAUCUUCAAGUUGGAGCAAGGAGAGGAGCCCUGGGUAGGCGAUGGAGAAGUCCCUAGUUCCGACUCUCCAGAACAACUCUUACAAGUAAGCAGUCACAUGACAUGGCACCAAGAUAACCAAGAGAAGCUUAAAAACAGGAAACGAGAUCAUGAAUGUGAUGCAUUUGGAAAAAAUUUCAAUCUGAGCAUGAACUUUGUUCCUUUAAGGAAAUCAAACAAUGAAGCUGAUGUAGAUGGAUUAAUUUUAAAACAUCAUUUAGAUUUACUUAUUCCAAAAGCAGAUUAUGGAAAAACAGAACCAGGUGACCUCAAUGUUUUUGAUGAGUUGUUUCUCCAUACCAGACCUGAGGAAACUGAUGCUUGGUUAAAAUACUAUGAAUGUGAUAAAUAUGAUAAAGCUAGCUGUAAGAAGUCACAGAUUAUCAUAUAUCACAGAACUCGUUUAGGGGAGAAGCUCUAUGAGUGCAGUGAAUGUAGGAAGCGCUUCACUAAGAAAUCUAGUCUCAUUAAACAUCAGAGCAGACAUGUAAGAGAGAUAGCCUAUGGCUGUGGGAAAUGUGGCAAAACCUUUCCCCAGAAGUCGCAGUUUAUUACACAUCACAGAACUCAUACAGGAGAGAAGCCUUAUGAUUGUGGCCAGUGUGGGAAGGCCUUCUCCCAGAAGUCACAGCUCACAUCCCAUCAGAGGACACACACAGGAGAGAAACCAUACGAAUGUGGUGAGUGUGGGAAAGCCUUCUCCCGGAAAUCCCAUCUUAUAUCACAUUGGAGGACUCACACAGGAGAAAAACCCUAUGAGUGCAGUGAAUGUGGGAGGGCCUUUAGUGAAAAGUCAAAUCUCAUUAAUCAUCAGAGAAUUCACACAGGAGAGAAACCUUUUGAGUGCAGAGAAUGUGGGAAAGCCUUCAGCAGGAAGUCACAGCUUGUUACCCAUCACAGGACUCACACAGGAACAAAACCCUAUGGAUGUAGUGAUUGUAGAAAGGCCUUCUUUGAGAAGUCGGAGCUCAUUAGACAUCAGACCAUUCACACUGGAGAGAAGCCCUAUGAAUGCAGUGAAUGUCGGAAAGCCUUCAGAGAGAGGUCAAGUCUCAUUAACCAUCAAAGAACCCACACAGGAGAGAAACCUCACGGAUGCAUUCAAUGUGGGAAAGCCUUUUCCCAAAAGUCACAUCUUAUAUCGCAUCAGAUGACACACACGGGAGAGAAACCCUUUGUGUGCAGUAAAUGUGGGAAGGCCUUCAGCAGGAAAUCCCAGCUCGUUAGACACCAGAGAACUCACACAGGAGAAAAGCCCUACGAAUGUGGUGAAUGUGGGAAAGCCUUCAGUGAGAAAUUAAGCCUCACCAACCAUCACAGAAUUCAUACAGGAGAAAAACCCUAUGUGUGCAGUGAAUGUGGGAAAGCCUUUUGUCAGAAGUCACAUCUCAUAUCCCAUCAGAGGACACAUACAGGAGAGAAACCCUAUGAAUGCCCUGAAUGUGGAAAAGCCUUUGGGGAGAAGUCAAGUCUUGCAACUCAUCAGAGGACUCAUACAGGAGAAAAACCCUACGAGUGCAGAGAUUGUGAAAAAGCCUUCUCCCAGAAGUCACAGCUCAAUACCCACCAGAGAAUCCACACCGGAGAGAAACCCUAUGAGUGCAGUCUUUGUGGGAAAGCUUUCUUUGAGAAAUCCGAGCUAAUUAGACAUCAGAGAACUCACACAGGAGAAAAACCUUACGAAUGCCCUGAAUGUAGGAAAGCCUUCAGGGAGAAGUCAAGUCUCAUCAAUCAUCAGAGAACACACACAGGAGAGAAGCCCUUCGAAUGCAGGGAGUGUGGCAAGGCAUUCUCUCGGAAAUCACACCUCAUCCCACAUCAGAGGACACACACAGGAGAGAAGCCCUACGGGUGCAGCGAGUGUAGGAAGGCCUUCUCUCAGAAGUCACAGCUUGUCAAUCAUCAGAGAAUUCACACCGGAGAGAAGCCUUAUCAAUGCACCGAAUGUGGGAAGGCCUUUUCCCAGAAGUCACAGCUCAUUAACCAUCAGAGAACUCACACAGGAAAGAAGUCCUAGGCAUGGAGUUAACAUGAGUCUCUGAGGGAGAUCUUGCCUCAUUGUGCCUGAGAAAAGGCAGUUGUGCUAAGUCAGAUGACAGUCAUAUCUCCCUGUCUGUCUGGGGACGUUACGGUAGGAACUCUGAGUGAGGUUCUGUAGGGAACGCUUACAGCAGAUGUUUGUACCUGUUUGUAUCAGAAUUCAUAGAGUAGAAUGAGCCUAUGAAAUGCAGUGGAUUUCAGAAACCUCUCCAACCUUAUACAGUAGAAAAUGAACAGCAAAGAGGCACUGUGGACUAUGGACAUCAGAAAGCCUUCCAGCAGUCAGGGCUCAUUAGCUUUUGGAGAUAUUCCCACUGGAGGUAAACCCUAGUCCAGUGAGGGAAGAAAACCCAUGAAUGCAGCAAGUGACAUGUUUUCAUCCAGAAAUGACAGUUCAUUGUACGUAAGAAAAUGCCCUCAGGAAUGAAACGCUAUGAACAUACUAAAUAUGGGACAAUCUUUAGCAAGUAAUUCAACUGUAUUAGAUUUUGGAGAAUUCGUAUUGUGGGUAAACCUAAUUUAAUGUCAUUGGAAAUAUGUGUCCCUAGAAAUAAUGCUACAAAGGGAAGGCAUACAGUUUUUAUAAACAUGGGUACCAAGAUAUCCUAUUUAAAUGGUUGAUGGAUGUUCACUUUGAAGUAUGAAGUUUUUAAAAUAUGUGAAUAAAUUGAAUCAUUGAAACAUCUAAAUAAGAAAUUUCUCAGUGGUAUUUAUGGCUUGUUUUCCUGUGUCACAUAAUGUGUAUUUUGGAAUUGUAUAUGAUGAUGUAAUUGGGAGCAUGAAAUGUAUGUGGCCUUGUAGUGCCCCUGAUGUCUGUGAAGACACAACACAUGCAGCCGGUUUUUCUAUUAUAAUGAUACUAUAAAAAUGGCAACUGAUAUAACAUGUCUUAUUGCUAAAUGAGUAGCUUAAGUAAUAACACCACAUCUCUUUUUUCCUUACGGUUUGUUGGCAUAUAAAAGGGGUCUGUUGUUACUUUCUCUUCAGUAACAAAAGCCAAGCUUGUGUAAAGUCUUGUGCAUCCUCAGAGUCUGAGAAACAGUUUCUAUAAAACCUAGUUAACAAGUAUUCAAAGCAGGAGCCACACAACAGCACUCUGCCCUGACACACUGAGUGAGCCGAAGGAGGCGGGCGAGAACUGUGACUUGGCACUCAGGCCACACCGAGGCAGCGCCGGGCGCAGCCUGUCCCCCAAGAAGGCCUCCAUGCUGCACGCCAGGUGCAGUGCUGUGUAACGCGAGUGCAGCUUAGACUGCAGUGCACUGUGACAGAAUGUCGUGCGUGCUGAGUGCUGCUGCUGCAUGUUUGAUAUUUCAUAAAAUACCUUGUAAAAAAUUAGAUGGAGAAACCAAUUAUUUAACAGUCACUCUUCAGAAAGUGUAAAAUAUAGAGAAUUUUGUGGUGAGGAAUAUAUUUUUGAUGUAUUCAAGGAAGCCUGUUUUGCCUUCCAGCAAAUUUCUGUGACUACUGGACGAGUAUUAGGAAACGGGAGUUUCAUUAUUUCAUCAUUUGAAAUAUUUGUGUCUCCUUCCUUCACAGUUGCAUCAUCCACACGAGAGACAAACAAACAGUUACAGGGUGAUAUUUUACUUUGUGUUUUUUCCCCUUUUUUUCUUGCCAUCUAUCAUGAUUCUCUUCCCUAGUCCCAGAGAUUGAUUAAUUAGGUCUUGGACUGAGCUCAGGAGUCUGGUCUAAAAGUUUCCUAAUUUUGCUCACUCCAGUUCUAGAUUAUUCCAUUAACCAGUUAAACCUAGUAUUUUCUUCACUGGAUAAUGGAACUUCGGCACUAGCCUAUUGAUUGAAUACCCUAGAGCAGGAUCUUUUUCUAAGGGUCGGCUGUUAGUCAUGGGGAGGGCUGACACUCCAGCUGAGGUCCAGUUUAUCAGAAGGCCUGACGAGGAGACCCAGGCAUGUGUAGGACUCACUGGGAGCAUUCUGUUCUGAAGUGUCAUGAGAGGACUCUGAUUCUGAAAUUAGAGAUUUUUAGUGUCCGUUUUUUAAAUUACCUUGGUAAAUCCCCCAAAAUGUGUCCCCACAUUUCCCCUCUUGAUUCCUACCACAAACCCCACAUCAAGAAGAAAACUAGUUUUAAAGUUAGGCCGGAUUUACAUACGGUUUCCUGGAGCCCGUGGGGUGCGCUGAGGGAGAGCACUCAAGGAGACAGAGACGAGUCCCCACCUUUGCUUUCCUCUCAGUACCCAGGGCCUUCCACUCUCCCGGAGACAGUUCAACAGGGACAGUUUCUGCUGUGUUCUUUGACUAAGCAGUGGGUUUUUUGGAGGUGCAGUCUGAAUUUUGGGGCCUGUCCCAGGAGUGCCUUCCGUUCAGCUUUUCUCUGUGGGCUUUGAUAUCUUCUGACAUAGUUAUGUCUGUAUGGAUCCAUGUGUUCCUGGUAUUUUGGUUUCGGGAACAUCACUUGUCAAUGCUGAGAUGAAGUGAACCCAGAGAAUACCAGAUUUAUCUCACAAUGUCUGCGUUAAAUAGCAAAAUGUGGAUCAAUAGGCAUUUGGAAUCUACACUUGAGACCUCAGCCAUCUGGUCAUUCAUUCCAGCAGUCGGUGCCAGGGUGUCAGUUUCAGGGGGCUUGUUAGUCCUCAAGUACGGCCCCAAUCAGCCUUCAGACACUCAGCACCUUGUCCAGCCUGAGAGCUGGCGACCGAGCUCAGCCGUGACCCUGCAGCUGUGUGCACACUUUUUGCACCUUGCCUUCAUUCUUUCUUAGUCCAUUUUUCACACUUACACAUAGUAGUUAUUUUAAGAUGCAAUUCUGAUUCCAAACCUGUGUGUUGAAAUAAUUGUGGACUUAAGAAAGUGUGGUAUCAUGGUAUUGAGGACUUUCAUACAAAUCCAUGCCUCUCCAUCAUUUCUGAAUACUUUAACUUUCCUCCCACACAUUUUUUUGGCCUUCUUGAACUACUCACAGUUCUUUGAGAUUUCUACAAUCUCUCAUCUUAUGCUUUUUGCAAAUCUAUGGAAAUGCCCUUUUUCCUUGUUAAUGCCUACCCAACCUGUAUGAACCUGUACAUGUGUUUGUGACUGUGAUAAUAUAAUCAUUUCAUGUUUUAUCUUUUCCACUAGAAAGCUUCUGGGAAGCUGGGACUGUCUUGUUUGUCUAUAUAAUUUUAACAAUUGAAGCUGAAAUACAUACAUGUGGGGGCUAUCAGUGGCUGUGUUUUCUACCACUUGGAGAAGCAGAGUCUGCACUGGGAGAGAAGAAUG